UCCAGAGAGAGAGAGAGACCAAGGUUGAUUUAUGCGUGUUUUCUUCGGAAUCAGGGCGGUUUUGAGGCGGCGGCAGCACCGAUGACAGGGCCCUGUUGAUAAUUACGUAAUUAUGAUCACAGCCGCACCGUGCCUAAUCAGAGAACGCGCCGGCCCUGCAAGAAAGAUCAUUACCGUCGCCUGAAUACCGAAUACAGCUAAACCAAAUCCAACCCCCUCCGAAUCCUUCCUGCCGCAAACGGAAACUGAACCUCCCUCCGCCGUAAUCCGCUGACAUAAGUUCAACUAAACGUGCGUCAGCCCCAAAACCGCCCCAACCCCGCGAGCGCCUCUCGCCAACAUGGCAGAUCAUGAUAACUUUGACGAUGAGGAGUUGGUGUCGAGUAACACCAACCAGAGGAACUGGCGCGGAAUCCUCAUUGCAUUGAUGGUGAUUGUGAUCGUUCUGGCGCUGAUCGUCACGUCCGUCGUCCUUCUGACCCCUCCGGACGAAGGACCGAGGAUCAAAGGAACGCGUUUCCGCCUCCAGGACAUAUUGGGACACGACUUCCAGCCUUUGAGAUUCAAUGGUUCCUGGGUGUCAAGUGAUGAAAUAAUUUUCAAAGACGAAUUCGGCGGUAUUAGUUUGAUGCACGUCUCUAACCUCUCAGUGACGUCGCUGAUGUCCAACCAAAGUUACCAACGGUUGAACCCAUCCAGAUUUCAGUUGUCUCCGGAUAAACGAUAUCUUCUCUUGGCUCUAAACGUCCAGAAGCUCUUCAGGCAUUCGUACUUGGCCCAGUACAUCGUUUACGAUAUCGUUACGAGAAAUGAAUUUCCUGUCAGACCUAUACCGGAUGUGGAGGAUCAUCCGUUCCUGCUGCUGGCCGAGUGGACGCCCAAGGGCCACAGCUUAGUUAUGGUCCAGGAUUACGACAUCUACUUCCGGCCAACGCCGAUCUCGCACAUCGGCUACAGAAUUACAAAGAACGCAAUUCCUGGCGUGGUGAGCAACGGAGUGCCCGAUUGGCUUUACGAAGAAGAGAUACUCGGCACCAAUAGCGCCAUCUGGAUGUCCCACGACGGUCACAUGCUAGUCUUCGCAUCGUUCAACGAUAGUUUGGUUGAAGAAUUGAGGUUCCCGUGGUACGGAGCUGGUACCGAAGGAAGGCUGUAUCCGGACAUCAGGUCCCUGAGGUAUCCGAAGCCGGGAACACGAAAUCCACAGGUUACUCUCACCGUCGCGGAUCUCGCCGAUCCCAGUAACAUCAGGAUGAGGCAGGUGAAGCCGCCGGUUCAGCUCUACAAACAGGAAUAUUAUUUCACUGCAGUCUCUUGGAUCAGCCUUACGGAGAUUUCUGUGGUCUGGUUGAACAGAGCCCAAAACCUGUCGAUCGUGUCCGUAUGCAAAACACCCACCUGGCACUGCGUCGAGACGCAGCGAGUGUCUGGAGACGGCGAAGGAUGGGUGGAUAUGGGCGAUAGUCCGCUGUUCAGCCCAGACGGCGCACACUAUAUAACAGUUGCUCCGGUCAGGGACGGCAAUGCUGGAUACUUCAGACACGCGAUGGAAGUCAACAUCAUGAAGAGGCGAACCCUGCCAUUGACACACGGUCGCUACGAGGUGGUUCGCAUUCUCGCCUGGGACCAUUCGAACGAUGUCAUUUAUUUCCUGGGAAUUCCCCAGGGUAAACCGGGUCAGCAGCAUCUGUACAGAGUGGCAUCAGUGCCACCGCGCUCCGGCGCAGCCCUUCAGCCGCCCGUCUGUUUGACCUGCGUCCCGGAACCACCUCCAUCGCAGCCACCAUUCUACAUCGAAGACAUCCCAGUCAUCACGAAAAACAAGCAAUGGGAUGACGAAUGGGCUGACGAUGAUACGGUGAUGACUACACCGCCACCGCGAAAGAGGAAAAAUAAGAAGCAACAACAGCAGAAGCCGCAGGAUGUGGAGCCUCCGUGCCUGUACCACAAUGCCAUCUUUAGCCCAGGUUCAGCCUCGUACUACGUCCUGGAAUGUCUGGGUCCCGGAAUUCCAACAAGCACUCUCUACAAAGCCAGUCUUCCGAAACCCAAGAUACUGUACUACCUGCAAAACAACACGGCGCUUCGUGAACGCGUCUCUAAGAUGGCCAUGCCACAGAUCAAAUCGUUCGCCGUUCAGAUAUCUGAUGAGCACGAAGCGUACGUGCGUCUGAUCCUUCCACCUGGACUUCGAGAGGACGAGAUCACCAGAUAUCCUCUCAUCGUCCAGGUGUACGGUGGUCCCGGCAGUCAGCUGGUAACUGAACGGUGGCGAAUCGAUUGGAAUACUUACCUUACGGGAAAUAAGGAUUACAUUGUUGCGCAGAUCGAUGGUCGUGGUUCGGGAGGCCAAGGGCACAAACUGUUGCAUCAGGUUUACUACAAGUUGGGCACCGUCGAGGUGUCCGAUCAGAUCGAAGUCACCGAGUACCUAAGAGACAAUCUGCACUACGUUGACAAAAGACGCGUCGCCGUUUGGGGCUGGAGCUACGGCGGAUUCGUGGCAGCUCUCGCCUUGGCUAGUCCCAACAACGUUUUCCAUUGCGCCAUCUCCGUUGCUCCUGUUACAAAUUGGAGAUUAUAUGAUUCUGCGUAUACAGAGAGAUACAUGGGUCUUCCGAAUGUGACUGACAACUACAAAGGUUACGACGAAGCUGAUAUUAGCAAGAAAGCCCAUUUGCUAAAGGAUAAGAUGUUCUACCUGGUGCACGGUUCUGCCGAUGAUAACGUGCACCUGCAACAAUCCAUGGCACUGGUGAAGGCGCUUUCAGAAGCGGGAGCUCUCUUCCGGCAACAGGUUUAUCCGGACGAGAGCCACGGCUUAGGUGGCGUUAAGAAGCAUCUGUACAGAAGCAUGGGUCAAUUUCUUGAUGAUUGCUUCAAGAAACAGGUACCACCUGAGACCAAAGCCGGUCUUCUAAACGGCGGUGAAUAGCAAACGUCCUUCCCGUGCGAUCCAGACAUUUCCACCCCUUGAUCCCUUCUGCAGAUCCUGUACAUAAAUAAUACACCCACCAAUCAUUUUUUUUUCUUUAGUUUCCGUUAGUAAUUAACGGAUUAGUGUACAUAGCGUUUGUAUAUAUCUAUACCCUUGAUUUCGAAGAAGAAAACUGUACAAUCCAGCUCGCAAUCUUUCAUUAUUUACACAAGUAGAGCUUCACGGAUAGCAAUUGAAUGUCGUAUAUAAAUAUAUAGUACAUAGUUAUUGACAUCCAGCGGAUUUUCGGGUGAUCAAGUGAUGCAAGUGCCAAAUUUUCGUGUCGCAAAUUUAUACUUGUAGGUAUUACAUUCAAAUCGCAAUAAUUCUCGUACUCUCUCAGGUAGCAAUCUGCAGAAAUAUACACACGUUCACUUACACCAAUAAAAUCAGUUGAUGCAACAAUCCAGUAUUAGAGAUCUUAAGAACAUAUCGGAUUCGUGUUGGAACACAUAUGGCAUGAAAGUGGAUGAGCGCAACAGAGUGAGAUUGAGUGAAAAACGUAGCUACAAUUAGGUUUUACUAUUAGCUGCAAACAAUCUUUAAUAAUAAUUAAUAAUAAUAAAAUACAAAUGAUCUUAAUAAGAAUAAUAAUUAGCGAAUGACCAAAAAAAAAUUACUAAUAAUUAAUAAAAAAAAAAUAAUCGCGAGUAGUCUAGUAAGUGUAGUUUGUAAGGUUAUUUUCCUCGAAGAAAAAAAACAAUAUUAGAAUUCAAAUAGUUAACUAUUUUUUAGAAUCAAUAGGAUAAAUCUUUUUUCCAAAUCUAAAUGAUGAUGACGGCGAUUUCUUAUGUAAUAGGAAACUAUUAUUAACGUUGUAUGUAUAUGGGGUCCAAUUCUAUAGAUUCCAGAACUUCCGUUUUCGGACGAAUCGUAGCGGAUUUCUAAAUUACUUUGACCCAGACGAAUCGAUCGUAACAAAACAAAAAUUAUAAUAA